GUGACAAAUCGUGUUUUUUCAGCUGUUUUUUGUGUUUUUAAGCGUUUUUUAUUCCAUUUCCAUUUCAUUUUUAUUGAUUUUUUUUUAAAUUAUUGAAAUGACGGAGAAUACCGAUUCUACAACUAUCACCGAACAGAUGGAUGGGAAAGAUAAAAAGAAAAUAAAGACUAUUAAUGACUUGAAUGACGAUUCAUUGCUUAUUAUUUUCUCACUUUUGAGUGUUCGUGAUAAAACGAGAUGUGAACGCGUUUGUCAGCGUUGGAAUGACCUAAUCAAGCAUUCUUGGGCUUCGAAUAAAUUAUUGGCCUUCGUAAAUUCUUUCAAUGUAUGGAGACAAGCAGGACAUGAGGAUCUUGAUACAUUGACUCUAACCAAAAUUAUCAGCAAAUGUCCAAAUUUGACGACGCUCAACUUUGAACAAACAGCUACCAACUUUGAUGAAACAGUUCUUGAUGUCAUUGGCCAAUUCUGUCCCAAACUUGAAAAAUUGAUCAUGAAACAUAAAAAUCUUAGCGGAUACAAUAUUGCGAACCUCGGCCGAGCUUGUCCAAUGCUUAAGUCAAUCGAUUUCAGUAGAUGUAACGAUGUCAGUGAGACAAGUUUGUGUGAAUUGUUACUCUUAAGACCCGAUAUGGAAUCCAUUUCUCUUAGUCGAGUAGAUAACAUCACAGGAAAAUGUUUUUAUCGAUUGAAUUCUCUUUCUUACUUAGAUCUUUCAGGUUGUUCAUCGAUUGUUACAGAUGCUUUUUCUCUGCUUGGACAAAACUGCUCUCAGACUUUAAAAACAUUGUUAGCACCUUCUUUGUCCAAUGCAGGAUUGAAAAUUAUUUGCACGACUUUUCUUAAUUUAGAAGUAUUCGAAGUUGAAUCUUCAAUUGAAGCUAUUAUUAAUUUUCGCACAGUUGAAUUGCGUGGAGCCAGACUUUUGGGUAACCUGAAGAAAUUGCGCGUUUUACGAUUCUACCCAGAACUUGAGGAUCUCGAUAAUGGUGCUAUGCUUUCAAUCAUGGAAAAAUGUCUUGAAUUAACAGAACUAAGCCUAUGUGGAACUGAAAAAUUGACUGACCUAUCAAUAGCCAAUCUUCCCGAAUAUUUGCCAAACUUAACUAAAUUAACUUUAGAAGGAUCUCAGAUAAGUGACAAGUCUGCUCGAGCACUUGCUGAUCUCAAAAAAUUGACUGAACUAAAAAUUAAUGGAAGUUUGAUCACUGAUGAAGGUGCGAUGCACCUUAUCACACAUUGCAGAUCACUGGAGCAUUUAUCUGUUAAUCAAUGUCCUGGAGUCACUCUUGAGACAGUGCUCUACGCUUGGGAUCUUGUCCAUCAAGGACUGGCUUCAAAAGAAUUAGUAAUCGUAUAUAAGGGCACCAGAAUCGUACCGAGCUUUUUUCCAACCCGAGAAAAGUGCGGCAAAUAUGACGAAUCAGAUGAAGAGGAAGAGUAUUGUCAUACAGCCGACAAUGAAGAAAAUCUAGAUGAUCUUCAAGAUUAUGAAGAGGAUAUUUAUGAUCACGAUUAUGAACCGUAUGGAGAUGACGAAGAGUAUGAUGAGAGAGAAGUUUAUUACCUGAGCUAAAACACGAAUUGAAUACGGCUUACAGCGCCUAUGGAGAUUACUAAUACUUACAAUUGUUAAUCGAUAGUGAUCUGGAAUCGGAAGAAAUCACUUAAAUUUUUACUCAAUCUUCCUAACAUUGGCAUUUUUUACCACUCUUUGAAUAACUUACAACGAUCUCUUUCAAAACUUAAAAGUUUAUUUUCUUAUCAAAAUCAAAUUUAAAUAUUUCAAUAAAUAUCAUCUCAAACAUUAA